AUGGCAGAGCUUGCACGUGACUGUGAGAUGCCGGGAAAUCUGAUUUCAUCAGUUUCAGUGUACUUCAUCAAGUCAUGGGCUGUGGCUUCAAUCCCUCAAUUUUUCCUUUGCAUGUGCUGUGCUGCUGUGAAGCAUUGUUUAGCAAACAAUGUUUUGGGAAUUUCCUCCAGUAUCAAGCUCCUGUUCCCACCCGCAGAUGCUGCCUCCAUGCUUUUCAUUGGUGACACUGUAAUAUCUGGUAUAUGUGUUGCACUUGCCCUCUGUAUUGCUGUGCCAAGAGGUAGCAAGAACAGUUUCUUUAAUUACGCAUGUUUGCGAUACACUGUCAGCUUGACUGUAAUUAACAUCAUAAUGAACUGGUUUCAAUCCACACAGGGUGGGGGGCAGCCUGUUCUACAAUACGUUGCUGCUGGCGUGAUUGAUUUUGUUGCUGUUCACUGUUUGUGGAAUGUAGAAGUAAAACAGCCGAUGAGUGAAGUGUGCGAUUGGAACAUUUAUGGAACCAAACUCAAGUUUGAUGGAUGGUUUCUUAACACUGCUGAUCAGGAUGGUGCCGGAGGUGAGGAUGGUGCCGGAGGUGAGGAUGGUGCCGGAGAUGAGGAUGGUGCCGGAGGUGAGGAUGGUGCCGGAGGUGAGGAUGAUGCUACAUUUGCAUUGGAGGAUAUCGGUCGUGAAAUUGUGUCAUGUUUACGUGUGGUGCAAUUGUUGGCCAUUCGUGCAAACUUCUGUUGGAGUUAA